GUCAGUCCACAGCUGACUCUACGAAACAAAACACAAAGAAACUCAAACUUAAAAGUCAGAAUUACUUUUAAAAGUAGGAGAGCACGAGCCUUCCCUCCUCACUCUGGACAAGAGGAUCUCUGUUUUAAGAUGAAAAGUCUUCCAUUUCUCCUGCUGUGUGUUGGAUUUUCCUUUGGACUCCCUAUCCUUUCACAGACAAGAGGUGACAAUCAAGAUAUACACCUAGCACAGAAAUUUCUAAGUCAGUUCUAUGAGCAAGAACAUGAACCAGGGCAGCGAGGCUUGAGAAGCAAUACUUACACAUUUCUGGACAAAAUUCAACAAAUGCAAAGAUUUUAUAGGCUGAAUGUAACUGGAAAGUUAGAUGAUGAUACACUGGAAGUUAUGCAGCAGCCAAGAUGCGGAGUUCCUGAUGUUGGACAGUAUGUCUUAGCUUCUCCUGGAUGGAAAAAAAAUAAGCUAACAUACAGGAUUGUUAAUUACACACCGGACAUGAGACAAGCUGACGUGGCCACAGCCAUCCAAAAGGCUUUUGAAGUUUGGAGUGCAGUGACGCCUCUGACCUUCAGGAGGGUUCAUAAGGAAAGAGCCGACAUUACGAUUGAGUUUGCAACUAGAGUGCAUGGCCGCUGUCCUCGGCAUUUUGAUGGGCCUCUGGGAGUCCUUGGGCAUGCCUUUCCCCCCAAUAAUCCUUUCCGUGGCAACAUCCACUUCGAUGAGGAUGAAAGCUGGACUGCCAGAUUAGCAGCAAAAAGAAGGUCGACCAAUUACCUUGGCACAUUAGCAGAUGAUGUUAUCAAUCCCGCUAUGAAAAAGGUCUCAGAGUUGCACUCCCCCAUGUUCCCACUCCAUUACACCACUGUAGAAUUCAAUUUAUGGCUGGUUGCUGCUCAUGAGAUUGGCCACGCACUUGGUCUUGCACACUCUGAUGACCCAAGAGCAUUGAUGUACCCAAAUUAUAAACCCAUUGACCCUGAGGAUUUCCCACUCUCCCAAGAUGAUAUUGAAGGCAUUCAGGCCAUUUAUGGACCAUCACUAAAUCCUCCAAAGAGCCCAGUAAAACCAACACAACCUGAAGCGUGUGAUCCUAAACUUUCAUUUGAUGCCAUCACUACACUGAGAAGAGAAAUUCUCUUUUUGAAAGGCAGGCACCUCUGGAGAGUGUUUCCUUCUCGCUCAGAAGUUGAUCUUGAAUUAAUUUCCACCUUUUGGCCCUUUCUACCAUCCAACAUCGAAGCAGCUUAUGAAAAUAUGAAUGAUCAAGUUUUCUUUUUCAAAGAUAACCAUUUCUGGAUGAUUAGUGGCUUUCAGAUGCAACCUGGCUAUCCCAAAACUAUUGGUAAUUUUGGCUUCCCACAAAACAUUAAGAAAAUUGAUGCUGCCCUUUUUGACAGAAAUACUGGAAAAACCUAUUUCUUUAUUGGUGCCCAUUAUUGGAGGUAUGAUGAAAAUCGUCAAUCUAUGGAUGCGGAGUACCCACGAAAAAUCGAGGAUGACUUUCCUGCAAUUGGCCAGCAAGUAGAUGCAGCUUUUCAGCAUAAUGGGCUGUUCUAUUUUUUCCAUGGCUCCAAGCAGUGGGAAUUUGAUCCGAAUGAGAAAAGAGUGAUUCGUGCAAUGGAAAGCAACAGUUGGCUUAACUGUUAGAAUUUACAGACACCUCCCCUCUAGCAAAAAAAAGCUCCUUAGGAAAAUGCACAUUAUUUCUCUAAAGAAACCAAUACCCAUGCAAUCCAAUGCAUUGUAGCUGAAUACUAAAAUGUAUUUAAAUUGUCUGUAUUUAUUCAAUAGUCUAUGUGUCGAUCAUUUAACAAAGCAGACAUGUUCCAGGCCAAGCACUAGCAGUUGGCUCCUACAGCACAAAAAAGAAGUUCAACAUGUUGCAGCAAAGCUUAUCAUUAAAACUAACAAUGUGUACAUGUGAAAUAAAACACCCAGGACAGGUAAGCCUUGUGUGAGUAAACAGAAACAUUUUGAAUCUUCUAGAGCAAUGAUGGGAAACCUUUUGCGCUUGGUGUGUUGAAAUUCGUUAAAAAACCUAGCAUGAUUUAGGUGGUGUGUCACUUUGAGAAAAAAACCAAAAUUUCGCAAUAUGUAUAGUUUAAAUAACAAAAAUGUAUAAUUGUAAUAUAUAACUGUAUUUAAUAAAUCAAAAACUAUUUGCUA